UUCUCUGGGCCCUCACACGCUUACUGGAAGAGCCCGGCCUUUCCGGCCUGGCCCGUCCUGGGCAAGGGCAGCGACGGCACCACGCACGUUGGCGGGCUCCAUGGCUGGAGUGUCUGCUUGCCAGAACCUGCGGGGGCACGCCAACCGCCUGGUGCGCUGGGGACCCCCACGACAAGCGCCGAGCGGGCGUCAAAGCGGCUCGGGAGGAGAGCACCGCGCGCGUGUGGCGGGCCUCGUGAAAUCCGCCAGCGCGGGGGAACGCCAACCGACUGGUGCGGCGGGCGCCCCUGCGGACGACAGCGCCGAGGUGGCAGCGAAGAGGCUGGGGAAGGCAGAAAACGGUUACGCCCCGAUGGUUAUCGGCCCCGCCGCCUGCCGCCCCACGGCGCGAGCGCGCGCGCGAGCGCCUCAGGCCCGCACGCCGCCGAACACGGGCUCGCAGGGAGGCGACCACGCAGCGAGGGGCUCCACCGGCGGCCCUGCCGAGAGGAAGAGCUGCCGCUCGGCAGCCGCCGCAUCGACGGCCGACUCCUCGUCCAGGUACCCCUCGCCCUCCUCGAGGGAGCCUGCCCUCGUCAUCCUCGGGGCCGCCCGCGCACGCGCGACCAGGCAGGCGCACGCCAGGGCGACCACAACCAGCCCCCCCGCGGGCACCCACCGCGUCCAGGCCGCCAGGGCGCCCCCAGGCUCGGCGCCGGCAUCGCCUGCCGCAGCGCCGGGGGAGAGCUGGGGCGCUCUCCAGCGGCGCGGUCGGCGUCGCCCGCCUCGAAGCCGCCCACAUCAGGCAGCGCGCGCGCGGCCGCGACGGCAAGGCCUUGCUGCAGACCUGCGGCGGGCGCCGCGGCCACCCUGGCGCGCGGGGGCAGCAAGUGGCGGCGCGCACCAAGGGGCUGGAGGCCCUUUCCCCCUUUGCGCGUGGCUGAAGCAAGGAAGAGUUCUGAAGGAGGAGGAGGAAGAGGAGGAGUUCUGAAGCUGCCGCAGGAGAUGGGCCCCGGGAGGGCACCAUGGAGCGGCUUCGGAGCGGAGAGCUGCGCCCCGCGAGAGGGCCGGCGCGGCCUCCGCUGGCCCUCCUCCGGGGGC